AUGGAAGGCAAAAUUACGCCUUGUAAUGGAAAGGCAGGCGAUUUAGAUGGAGAAAAUAUUACUAUUAAUUCGUCCUUUAAUGACGGCGGGUUCUCUCUUGAGGCUUUAAAUCUACACCGUCGACGACUAGGGCUUGAUCCCUCUCAAAACCUUAUCGGCAGUGGGCUUUCUCGGAUGCCAGAGGGAGAGUUAUUUCCGUUUCUUAGCAUCAUCAGUCCAACUCGUCCAUACAAUGACGAGAAUGGAGACCCCGAUGGCCUAUUAUCUAGCUCAAUAAGCGCUGAGAAUAUAAUAUCCGACAGAGACUAUCCUCCGGCACCAAGAUAUCGUGGAAACCGCGCUUUAUCCCGUAAUAGGAGCGCAGAUAUUCCUCACGAGAUGAACUGUAGACUCUGGAUAGCAGGAUUACCACCAAAUUGCACCGUGUCGGAGCUACUAAGAGAAGUCAGAGAUAUCGGGCCUGUCUAUGCAACACACAUCGUCCCACCGCUGAUUCAUGGAACGAAGGUGAACAUAGCUACGUCGGCUGCUUCAUUGACGUUCUUUACAGCAUCCGCCGCGCAUAUGUUUUUACUUCGACACUCUGUCUACCCCUUUACAGUUUGCGGAUACACCACAUGCGUUUCUCGGCAUCGGAUCCGCACGAAACCUGUACCGGUAGACGGCCAAUCCCGGGUCCUGUUAAUUACCGGCGACCCUGAAAUCGUCAACCCGGAAACGCUUACCUCUCUCUUCGUAGAGAAGUGGAACAUUCGGUUUGAAACCGAUUUCAUGAAGUAUACGCCAGGCAAAGGGUGCAAUGAAAUCGUUUGGGCGUUUGGUAGUUUCCGAGCUCAGGCGCAAGCGGCGUAUAUCCGCUUAAGUCAAUACCCGUCAAGGAAUAUCACUAUCCUGUACAAGCCUGAUCCUUGUGCGUAG